AUGGAUCCGAGCGAGGACUCACCGUCCGGAUUUCCGAUUACCUGCCAGAGCUACCGGAUGGUCCAAGGCAGAGCAAGGGUUUGCCCCUGCGGAUUGCGGACUACAUGCCCGCCGCCUGCCACGAGCAUGGCAUUGGCUCUGACAUGGAGGGGAUGCCAGGAAUGGUCUACGGAGGCCAGGACAUGUACUGCUACCAGACGCCUUCGUAUCAAACGGAGGCCCCGCAACAGCUUCCCGCACAGAUGCUCGCAGCGUUGCACUCGGCCCCAAUGGAGCAGUUCAUGGCCCAGCUACAGGUUGAUCCCAUGCAGGUGCAGCACUACGUCGCACAGAUGCUGCAAAUGCAAGGGCCAGCUCCACAAUCGCUGCUUGACUGCUCUAUUGAGUGUUCUGCGGCAUGUUUUCAAAGCAAGACCCUGA